GUGCUAUACGAGCUUGUAUGUAUGAAGGAUGCUUUGCAUGUGGGAUGGAGAAUGGAUUCCGAGUCUAUAACACCGAUCCACUAAAAGAAAAAGAGAAACAAGAAUUUCUAGAAGGAGGAGUUGGCCACGUUGAGAUGUUAUUUCGCUGCAACUAUUUAGCUUUAGUUGGUGGUGGAAAAAAGCCAAAAUACCCUCCCAACAAAGUGAUGAUCUGGGAUGACCUGAAAAAGAAGACUGUUAUUGAAAUAGAAUUUUCUACAGAAGUCAAGGCAGUCAAAUUGCGGCGAGAUCGAAUUGUGGUUGUUUUGGACUCCAUGAUUAAAGUGUUCACAUUCACACACAAUCCCCAUCAGUUGCACGUCUUUGAAACCUGCUAUAACCCUAAAGGCCUCUGUGUCCUGUGUCCCAACAGUAACAACUCCCUCCUGGCCUUCCCGGGCACACACACUGGCCACGUUCAGCUCGUGGACCUGGCCAGCACUGAAAAGCCGCCUGUGGACAUUCCCGCACAUGAGGGCGUCUUGAGCUGCAUCGCUCUCAAUCUGCAGGGAACAAGAAUCGCAACCGCAUCCGAAAAAGGGACCCUUAUAAGAAUAUUUGAUACUUCAUCAGGGCAUUUAAUCCAGGAACUGCGAAGAGGAUCUCAAGCAGCUAAUAUUUACUGCAUUAACUUCAAUCAGGAUGCCUCCCUCAUCUGUGUGUCCAGCGACCACGGCACAGUGCACAUUUUUGCGGCUGAAGAUCCAAAAAGGAAUAAGCAGUCUAGUUUGGCCUCAGCCAGUUUCCUUCCAAAAUACUUCAGUUCCAAAUGGAGUUUUUCCAAGUUUCAGGUUCCCUCAGGCUCUCCAUGCAUUUGUGCCUUUGGAACAGAGCCAAAUGCUGUCAUUGCGAUUUGUGCAGACGGCAGCUACUACAAAUUCCUAUUCAACCCCAAGGGGGAGUGCAUCCGGGAUGUCUAUGCACAGUUUCUAGAAAUGACCGACGACAAGCUGUGACAAGCUAUGACUCUUCACUGGGGAACGCAGCCAGCACCCACCACCCAUCGCCCCUCAAGCUCCCGGGGCUGGUGCCAGCGCCCCGUGGGCCUCAUGAGCAACGGGCUUGAGGGACUGCCCAGGGACCUUGGUCUUGAAGCCAUAUGUGGUUGUCUGCAUUCCUAAAAAAGGCUUCCCAUUUCCAGUAUUAAAGAAAGAAUUACCAAGACACCGUAGAUACUCACCGGUUCUGCGCAGCUCAUGCUGAGAGCUGGCUGUUCCUUUAGUUCAACUGUGACGUUAGCUUAGUGGCUCCACUGCGCCCUCCCAUCAACAGAGGAGGCUCCAUGCAAACCUAGGGACUGAGCUGAGAGACGCACGGACAGGUCAAAGUUGGUUUUUGCAACAGAUUUCUUCAUUUUUACUGAGUCUGCAGUGGGGAAAUGGACAAGUGUAAAUGUCCUUACAUGGCAAGCAGGUUCAAGCAGAUCAAGAAUACCAGCAGCCUGCCUUAGAGAAGGAGAAAGGAACUGUUCUCCUUUCUGAACUUGAAGAAAAACAACAUACCCCAUUAAGAGAUCACAGUGUGGACGUUUCCCCUUGCGUGAACCCAGCGUCAUGGUCUUUGGGCCGAAACGUGGCUGGGUUUUCUGUGCCCUCAUGUGGGUGUCUUGUCUCUCUGUUGGAGCCCUUACAACUCCAGACCCACCCAGUGGCAGAGCACUUUGUGUCACCAACAAGAGCAGCCAAUCCCUGGGGUUUGGAGGGGAUUGGUGGGCAGCUUGGUGUCCUGGUUAAAUUUUCUGUUAAAACUGAGUUUCUCUGUUUAUAUGUAGGGAACAAAGUAAUGCAUAGACUUAAAAAUUAGUCAUAGAAGAAAGCAUCACUUAAUUUGGAAGGACAUCUCCACAAAACGGUGCCAGCAUCCUCUGGCGGUUUGUGUCGGUGCGGAGGGAGAAGCCUAAUCAGCGUGCCCUCUCCGCUGCCCGUCUUCGCCGUCUCCCCACCCCAGCAUUUACGGAACAGCUGCACACUAACAUUUUGGGAAUGAAAGACACGACUUUUUUUUUUUUUUUCUUCAACACUUGGUAACUCACAUAGGUUAUGGGCUCCACAUUGUCAGUACUACUUGAGGUAUAUAUUUAAUUUUCUUAAAUUCCUUUUAAAGAAACUUAAUUUUAUGGUUUUGAUUUCAGGUUGCAAACAUUUAAGAUUCACAUAGAAACAAGUUUUCAGUUUUGCCAGUUCUUUGCUGUCUUGUAAUCAACUAACUUUGUAUGUGGAUUUUGAUGUAAAGUAUGCAUGUUACUUUUAUGUGUAUUUAAUCAUGAAAUUUAAUUUUGCACAUUUAUUUGUAAUGUUUCUUUUAAAUAAAAGUGACUAAUUUUGUUGUACUCUGCACCUGUAAAA